CCAAUUCCAAUCAAAACCAGCAAGCAUUCAUGAAGCAACUACCAACUUUAUUACACAGGUCCCUUUUCUCUGAUAUUUUCAUGCCUAACACACAAUUUCAAGCACUUCUCACUGCCCAAAAUUUCACUUCACAACUGUAGCAUUUCAUCCCUCUUCUCUUUUGUUCCAUUUUCCUCAACUUUCUUGCCAGCGAAAAUGGCAGAAACACCACAGAGAUGGUGGCUGCUGCUGCUUGUCUCAACCUAUCUUGCUGCUACCAUUGUUGCAUCCACUCUCGAAAGCUCGCCCGCGACAAAAACAUACAUAGUUUACAUGGAUAAGUGGGCGAAGCCUCAAGAAUUCAGUGACCAUAGGCAGUGGUACUCGUCGAUGAUCAAGUCAGUAGCAUCGUCAAGAACUGAAAAACGAGACGAUGCAGAUGAGAAUGAUGAUAGGAUAAUUUACAAUUACCAGACAGCAUUUCAUGGCGUUGCUGCCCAGCUGAGUGAAGAAGAAGUGGAGAAGCUGCUGGAACAAGACGGGGUAAUGGCUGUUUUCCCGGAAACUGUAUACCAUCUGCAUACUACCAGAAGUCCAUUGUUCCUCGGCCUCGAACGUGAAGAUAGCACGAGUGCUUUUACUGAUAAACUUUCUGAUUACGACGUGGUUGUCGGUGUCCUUGAUACCGGUAUCUGGCCGGAGAGCCCGAGCUUUAACGACACGGGCAUGUCCAGAAUUCCGCCUCACUGGAAAGGCACGUGUGAGACAGGCCGAGGGUUUUCCAGGCACAAUUGCAACAGAAAGAUAGUGGGCGCCAGAGUCUUUUACAGAGGGUAUGAAGCGGCCUCGGGUAAGAUCAAUGAACAAGAAGAGUUCAAAUCGCCACGAGAUCAAGACGGGCAUGGGACUCAUACUGCAGCAACAGUCGCUGGUUCUCCUGUUCGUGGCGCAAAUCUUUUGGGCUACGCUUAUGGAACGGCACGGGGAAUGGCGCCGGGGGCAAGAAUUGCCGCUUACAAGGUCUGCUGGACCGGCGGGUGCUUUAGCUCAGACAUUCUCUCUGCAAUGGAUCAAGCUGUGGCUGAUGGAGUUAACGUUCUUUCAAUCUCUUUAGGUGGUGGAGUCUCCUCGUAUUACCGCGACAGCUUAUCGAUCGGUGCCUUUGGGGCCAUGGAGAGGGGAGUUCUCAUCUCCUGCUCGGCCGGAAAUGGCGGCCCUGAUCCCAUCAGUCUCACGAAUGUUUCCCCGUGGGUUACUACUGUCGGAGCCAGCACGAUGGACAGAGAUUUCCCGGCAACAAUUAAGCUUGGAACGGGUAAAUUUUUUACGGGGGCUUCACUUUACAAAGGCAAAAGGAACCUUGCGGUAAAUAAGCAGUACCCACUAGUCUACCAUGGAAGUAACUCAAGCAAUCUCACACCAAGCUCAAUGUGCUUAGAAGGAACUCUCGACAGGCAUUCUGUGGCAGGAAAGAUUGUGAUAUGUGACCGAGGAAUCAGCCCCCGAGUCCAGAAGGGGCAGGUGGUGAAAGAUGCUGGUGGAGUCGGCAUGAUUUUGUCUAACACGGCUGUUAACGGCGAGGAACUGGUUGCCGACUGCCAUCUUCUCCCGGCAGUCGCGGUGGGUGAAACAAUGGGAAAAAUGAUAAAGCAUUACGCCGCAUCAAACCACAACGCCACCGCAACUCUAGCGUUUCUCGGGACCAAGUUAAGAAUCAGGCCGUCUCCCGUGGUGGCGGCUUUUUCCUCCCGAGGACCGAAUAUCCUGUCGCUGGAGAUACUGAAACCUGAUAUGAUAGCGCCUGGGGUGAACAUUCUCGCCGCGUGGACCGGAGAAUUGGGGCCGUCGAGUCUUCCAUCAGAUCACCGACGAACUAAGUUCAAUAUCUUGUCAGGGACUUCCAUGUCGUGCCCACAUGUAAGCGGCGUUGCAGCACUGAUCAAGUCGAGGCAUCCUGAUUGGAGCCCAGCAGCAAUUAAGUCCGCAUUGAUGACAACGGCCUAUGUUCAUGAUAAUACACACAGUCCUCUCACAGAUGCAUCAACGGCUGCACCUUCCACACCAUAUGACCACGGAGCAGGGCACAUAAAUCCACUAAAAGCCCUCGAUCCCGGUUUGGUUUACGACAUUGGUGCACAAGAGUACUUCGAAUUUCUGUGUGCUCAAGGCCUGACAGCAUCCGAGCUACAAGUUUUCUCUAAAUUUUCCAACAGAACAUGCCGUCACGCUCUUGCCAACUCAAGGGAUCUGAAUUACCCGGCAAUCUCAGCCGUAUUUCCUGAGAAUACAAACACCACCGUUUUGACCCUUCAUCGAACAGUCACCAAUGUGGGUCCUCCUGUUUCGAGUUACCAUGUUGUGAUAUCUACAUUUAAAGGUGCAUCUGUGAAGGUUGAGCCUUCAAAACUCGACUUUACGGGCAACCGUAAGAAGAUGACAUACAAGAUUACCUUCACCACAAAGUCCCGGCAAAGCGCCCCGGAGUUUGGAUCUAUAAUAUGGAAAGAUGGGGUGCAUAGAGUAAGAAGCCCAGUUGUAAUAACAUGGCUACCACCAUUGUAAUCAUGUUGCCAAAUGUAUGGACAUGAACUUAGGUGGUGUGGCUCAAUAAGGAGAUUCUUGUCAAGAUCCCCCAUCCUUUACCCCUUCUUGAAUUCAAUCAAAUGUGUUUUUUUGUUCUUGCACUUGCAAUAACGUUGGCA